UGAAGCGCCGAGAGACACGACGGCUCUCCCCCGACUAAUGCAAGCUUAUUGUUAGGAAAGCCAGGGGACUGUUAACCAAAGAGACCUAAACAUUCACAGAGAGUCCUUUACGCACCGGCGGAGACAAUAGCGGAUUCCAACAUAUGCAUGUCGCUGUAACGGUAUAGCUGGUUGUAUAGACGUACGCUGCUACCCCACUGGUGGAAAUCAAAGGCUGUACAUGGCGGUGGAGAGUACUAUUUGGCUGUUCUGUCUUCUUUCGCUGUUUUGUGGUCCAUCCAAGCAAGAAAAGCCUGUUUCCGUGGAGCUGAGCUGCGGGGCUGGGCCCAGCCAUGUAGUGUUGGAGCCAGGUUUGCCCCUCUUGCUGGACUGCAACCUUGGGGCCAGCGAUACACCUUUCAAUGUCACCUGGCUUCAAGAUGGCCAGCCUUUGCCUCCGGAGGGGGGCGACUUCCUGCAGUAUUUGGCCAACGCAUCCCUCCUCCUGCUGCCGACCUCUAAGGAUGGCCAGCCUGCCCACGGUGUAGAGGGGGGCUACAGCUGCAUGAGUGCCAGCGCCAUCGGAGCCCUGACCAGCCGGACUGUAAAUGUUCUCCUAGCAAGUCUGUCCAAGUUCCAUCAGGAGCCAUCACCCCAAACGGUGCCCGCUGGGGGAGCUGCUCGCUUCGAGUGCCAGAUUGAGGGAGUACCCACACCGGUUAUUACCUGGGAAAAGGACACAGUGGCUGUCCCCGAGGACACAAGGUUCAUUUCCCUUCUUAACGGGGUGCUCCAGAUUCUGGAGGUGACCAAGGAGGAUGAGGGCGCCUACCGCUGUGUCGCGUCCAACUCUGCCAGGAAGGACAUCAGUCAUGAAGCCAGGCUCACUGUCACCACAGGCUCUUCUGAAGCCCUAAAUGGAGUUGCGAUUGUUGCACCACCUCAGAAUGCAACAGUCGUACUCGGCCGUCCUGCUGUGAUGGAGUGUAUGGCACAAGGCCAGCCAAAGCCACUGGUGUCCUGGAGCAGACAAGAUGGAAAGCCCAUUUCCACUGAUGUGGUCGUCCUUGCAACAAACCUGGUGAUUAGGGACACAAGGCGUCACCAUGCCGGCGUCUAUGUCUGCCGGGCCAACAAGCCCAAGACCAGAGAGUUUGUCAUUGCUGCUGCUGAGCUGCAUGUGCCUGCCCCUCCAGUUAUUCUCCAGCCCCCAGAGACAGUGUCCCUUUCCCGGGGAAACACAGCCAGGUUUGUGUGCAACAGCUCCGGGGAGCCUCCUCCAGUGUUGCACUGGCUUAAGGACGGUAAGCCCAUCAGGUCAUUCAGACGGGUGAAGACCCAAAGCCCCGGAGUCCUGCUAAUCAACCAGCUUGCCCUAGAGGAUGCAGGCUACUACCAGUGCAUAGCAGACAACGGGCUAGGCACGGCCUGUGCCACUGCCAAGCUGACAGUCAUUGUGAGAGAAGGUCUGCCCAGCCCUCCUCGCCACCUGUCUGCCACACCCUACUCCAGCACAACUGCCCUGCUCGUCUGGGAGAAACCUGAGUACAACUCGGACCAAAUCAUCGGCUAUUCUGUGCACUACCAACGUGCUGCAGGCUCAGACAAUAUGGAGUACCAGUUCGCAAUGAACAACGACACCACAGAGUAUCACGUCAAAGAGCUUCUCCCCCACACCGCUUACACAUUCUUUGUAGUGGCUUACUCUCCCAUGGGUGCCAGUCCCCCAUCCCCGCGUGUAACAGUAGAGAUGCUGGAGGACGUGCCAAGCGCACCUCCCCAGCUGUCUAUAGCCAGCACCUCCCCCACAGACAUCAGGCUGAUGUGGCAUCCAUUGUCCUCGCAGCACAGUCGAGGAGCUGUUACCCGCUACCGCAUUGAGUACAGCACUCUGGAUCAGUUGGACACUGUGUUCUCAGUGGAAGUAGGGGGUAAUGAGACUCAGUUCACACUGAGAGAGCUGCAGCCCAACCAGGUUUACCGAGUGAGGAUAGCAGCUGGGACAGGCGUCGGCUUUGGGGUGCCCUCUGAGUGGGCACAGCACCAAACAUUAGCCCACUACAACCACAGCGACCACAGCAUGGUGAUCUUUGCUCCUACUGAGCUGAAGGUCAGAGCCAGGGUGAACACACUCAAUGUGACAUGGCAUCCCUCGCCCAAUCACACCCUAGUCUCUGGUUACAAGCUGUCCUGUCGAGAGGUGGAGGCUGACGAAUCAGCCAAUGGAGAGAGGACGACACAGACUCACACCAUCAGGCUCCGUAAGAAGGCCAGGUAUCAUCUCCUCACUGGGCUGGUGCCUGACCGGCAGUACGAGGUGAGAGUUUGGGCAUUCAACAAGCAGAUAGAAGGAGCAGCUGCGGUGUGGAAGGGAAGGACGGAGAAGAUCCAUGACCGAACGCCACCGCCGCCCAUGCGCCCUCCUCCGCUGCCCCCAAGCAGCAUCCAAGCUAUGGCCAACAGCUCCACCUCCAUCUGGCUGCGCUGGGAGAAGCCACGGUUCAGCAACGUACGCAUCAUCAACUACACAGUGCGCUGCAGCCCAGCAGGAACCACCAACGCCUCCCUGGUCUCCUAUUACACCAGCUCUGCGCAGGAGAUACUGCUCGGGGCGUUGAGGCCCUUCACCCGCUACGAGCUGGCGGUGCAGUCUAAUGGAGUGGACGUGGUGGGACCGUUCAGCAGCACGGUGGAGGAGUCUACCCUGUCUGACCGGCCCUCCACACCUCCUGAGGAGCUGCAGCUGAGUGCUCUGGACUCCUCCUCUGUGCUGGCGAGCUGGCGCCCUCCGCUGGAGCCUAACGGUAUCAUCGUCAGCUACAGGAUCUUGUUCAGUGGCAACCUCAGCCAGCCUGAGCACUUGUGGGAGAACCUCUCUCAGGAUGGGAGCAUUACUAGUGUGGAGGUCCAGGGUUUAUCCGGGGGCACCCGUUACUUUUUUAAGCUGGGAGCAUCUACUGAGGUGGGGCCAGGGCCUUAUUCACCUGUAAAGGAUGUUCACACACCCCAUCAGAAAUAUGAGCUGGACAUCCACGCAGUGACAGGCAUCAUAGUUGGUGUGUGUCUGGGACUGAUAUGCAUCCUCCUCUGCAUGUGCUUCAGCUUUCGAAAUGGCAAAUCCAGAGAGGUGUCUGGGGGCUUGGACUCCACAGCUGUGACCCCUCAGUACAGGCGAGGAGGUUGCCCCAUUCCCUCCAACGUGCCAGAGUGCAGCGAUAGCCAUGAGCUGGAGACACUGAUGCCCCCAGGCAGCCAAGAGUCUGGUCAGCAGCUAGAAGAGGCCCCAGAGGAGCAGAGCCUGAUGGCAAGUGCUAAUCCAGGGGAAGGGGAGGAUGCCCCUGCACCUGAACCCAAGGCUGCUUGGAAUGGCUCUGUGAGUCAUAACUGGGCCAACAGAAUCACUAGAUACAGAGACACCAUAACAGAAGACUCUCCAACACUCAUUAAUGGAGCUCUCAACAUGCUAAUUACUGAUAACAGCACGGACUUAGAAGAUUGUCUGUGUACAUCGGUGUGCAGUAACCAGGUGGAGGCAGAAGUCAUUGUUCACUCAGAGCUGUCAGACCCAGGACGGGUGAAAGAGGAGGAGGAGGGCAGUGACAGUGAGAAGGAUUCUAACACCACCAGGGGACCCUCAUUAUCAGAGGACAGAUAUUCCCCUCUGAGUCAGCCAAGCCCACCAGGAGAGGGGGACACUCUCGAAGAACUCUCAUUGGCCCAAAGCCCCACGAGUCUUUCCUUGAUGAAGUUGGUGGCUAAUCACAACGGGGAGCUACAGGGCACAGGAGACCAGUUGAGCGCAGACAUAGAGCCGCAGCAGGACAUGGGACUUACCAAUGGCUUCCACUCCCCAAAGACCGUACGUUCUGCACUGAGGUCAGAGCAUCUGGAGAACGGGGACUCCAGACACUGCCCUUCGGCACCAGGGAAGGCCAUCUCUGCUGGGCUGUCCCCUGCCCCCUUUGUCAGCUCCGGCCUUGUCCACUCUACCUCAGCAGCACACAGUUAUCUGUGCCCGUAGCCCCUGCAUGUAGGGCAUCGACCCUUACACACACAUACAGACAUCUGACUAAUUUUUGUUCUUUUACGUACCCAGGAAGAAUCCCUAAGGAUUAUUUUUAUGCACCUCAUUACUGGAUUCCUUUCUCGUCCUUGCAAAGUUUUUAUAGAUACUUUGAAUCCAUUGUUUCAUAUGUGUGUGUAUAUACAGUACACAUAUACAGUAUAUUUUUAGUGGUUGAGUACUGUAUAUGGGUAUGCAUUCUCAAGCAUCACAACCAUAUUUUCCUCUGGGUUUUUUUCCCUGUCUGUGGGAAAGAAAGAUUUAACGUAACCAAGCAGAUGGAAGUGGAUUGAAGGAGGCUAUUCCCACUGUGUCGCACAUGGCUCUGCUCCACUCAGGAAUGAGAAAGCCUGGAAUGUUCUGUGAGUGAGCGAGACAGGCUAUCAUCAUGGAUGGGAGGAUAGGGAACACAGGCACGAAUGAUCUCCCUGGAUUUCGUUGUGUGGAUGCUACUUUACCAUGGCACUGAGGAAUAAGCCUUAAAGAGUAUCUGUACACUCUGAGAGUGCAGAACACCUGUUUCUCUCUCCAGCCUCCUGCUGUCUCAGGGUCCACACAUACACACAUACACUCUGAAACACACACACACAGGAAGCUAAGGUACAGCUGAUUCCAUGGUAACUCACAGAAACUCAAAUGGUCACCCAUAAACACACAUUUACACACACAUAUCCUGACUGGAGUGUGGGGGUCUCAGGUGCCUAAUUAUUGUAGGUGCGUUUAUAACCUCUGUAUAUUUCUAUAGAUGAUUCUAUUAAGUACAAGUACAAAACACAUGUCAACAUGGAGGAAAAAAAACCCUUAAAAUGUAAAAAGAUAUGGAUUAUACAGAUUUGGUACACAUGAAGUAUUCUUCUCCAAAAUGCCAUAUAUCCAGGUGGAGUGGUUUUGUAAAGCAGGGACACUCAGCUGAAAAGUAAAAAGUGGUUUUGCUGUAUUUCAGAUGGUGGAUAUAGCAUUUUGGAAUCAAAGUAUUUACAUGUUUAUGUUGGUAUUGGUUUAAUUAUGUUGGUGGGAGAACCAGCAAAAAUGUUACAACAACCCAUCUGUAGACCUAAUUGAUUUGGCUCCCAAUUAGGGAUGCACCAUACUGUGCUCUUGGUUGUCAGUUUUAAUUAAGUAUAAUAAUUUUCUUAAGUGAAAGACUUUUUUUAACUGGAGGGGAAAUUCAACUUGACUCUAGAAGUCUGUCUAAUCCUGGCAGAAUGAAAAAAUAUUCCACGACACGAUACUCUGCUACAGUACCAGAAACCAAUAAAAGCUGACUUGAAAUUUUUUAAUGUAUCUGAUAGGAAAUAGGUUUAAUAAGAAAAUAAAAGAAAUGUUCUCCAUUUUUUUAACAUUGAUCCAAAACAUAUUCUUUAAGUAUUCGAUCAGAUUGUUUUCCAUAAUUGACUAACAUGUAAAGCAGAGUGAGCCAGUCUUGGUUUUGGCAGUGUAAAGCGGAACUGGUGCAUCCCUACUCCUUAUCAACAACACUACCUCAUUUCUUUUCAGGAUGGUUUCCAGUGUGGUUUUAUUAGUUUUAUGUAACUAGCACCUUUUAAAGGUCUUUUUCUUUCUUUCUUUCUUUCUUUUUUUUUUUUUUUUUUUUUUACAGUCUUUGGUAUUUGCAGAAAUAAUCGUCCGACACUGACUGUACGUUCUUAUGUCAAAGGAAUUCAUGAUGCUUUAAUGCAUUGCAGCUUCCUCUCAUAUCUCUAAAAUAUUGUGUCACUCAGUACAAUAUUACUGUUAAAUCUCAACAGAAAACAUAAACACCCAGUGUCUUUGAUAUGAAGCACCUUAAACUAGGUUCAACCAAUUUCAUCCAAUUACAGUUUUGGACCCCGAUUUCCAGUCAAACGAGUGCCACCUAUGGGCAAGGAAAGUAAUAGCUCCUGUAUGUUGACAUUUAUGCCACCUGCCGGGAAUGAGUGUUACUGUUAUAUAUUUUUUGCACCAUUAACCAAUAACAAGCCAUCAGUGCUCACCUUUGCGCCUUGUUUCCACUUAGGUAUGUGGUCUGGUGUCCGUAGAUCCGUAAAUAUACGGGUGAUGCCUCUAGUGUCCAAUGCAAGGAAGUGCAUUUCUUUACGGAUGGAUAGAAACCUGAUAGAAACUACCUGUAGCCAUGGGGGGAGAGGCUAAUUUUGUCUGGUUUCCGCCAUCCGGUAGUUUGGAAUAUCUGCUUGGAGCAUUCCCGGGACAUGUUUUUUAGCAUGUUUUGUGAACUAUUAAAGUAAAAAGACGUAUGAACGGCUCAGUGAGUCAUAAUGACAAUCUGACUGUAUAUAAUGUAUAACCAUAUUCUAGCAGAAUGAUGUUACUCAGAUUUACAAUGUGUUGAAACUAUGAACAAGUUAUUUUUAAUCAUAAAAACUCCAUGACAAUCAACGAAGGCAAAUGAAUUGAAGACAACAGCCUGUUAGUCAGUUAGCAGCCUGUUAGCUAGCACACUGUCAUACGGUCUCUUUGAAAUCCACUGCAAAAGUUUAAUUUUUUUUUAACUUACCUGAGGCAAAUUCGAGACUGAAAUAUUAUGGUGGGGAGGAGUUUCGCAGGCACAUCAGAUAUCGCAGAGAUUCCUGUAGGAAUGAAUGGACAGUUGCCUCGUCUUCAUACACAUACCUAAGUGAAACGAGGCGGUAAGGGGAUGGAGAUUUACUACCUCCUCUGCUGAAGUGAAAACGCCACAAAAUAGCAAUGGUUAGCAGAGAGUAAUGAGAUAGGAGUGAAUGGUCCAAAUAUGUCAUUUAUAUAAACCGUGUGAACUUGUUCUUUUACCGACUGAGCAAAGCUACAAGGCUAGCUAACUAAGCUUGUUAGCUCAGAAAACUUUGUUUUCCCUCAUCAUUAACUUUAUUGAGCAAAACAUUGUGCAGUGGUGAACAAAGUGCCAGGGUGAAGUAAACAGAACAGAAGAGGAGAUAUUGUGACUGACCAGUGCUGGACCAGCCAGGCAAGCUACUAUGUUAAGAGUUAGCUCGCUAUCCACAUGGAUGUAUAAAGAAAACUGGGUAUUGUGUCAGAUGUUCAAGCCAAAAAAAUAUAUUUCUGGGUAUAAAAUUACCUGGAUCUUUUGCAUCCAUAGGGCAUAGAGCAAGCACACCAGACUUCCUUCGUUAGAGCAGCUAACUUCCAGUUUAGCCCUUGGCUAACUCCAAUGGGGAUAAAAUUAUUUAAUCACAAGGCUCUUCUAAACUUUCAAAAUGUUUUCAGACUGAAUGGAUCAAAUCCUGAUAGUGAAAAGAGUCAUUUUGCAGGGGUUGUGUUUGCUGUUUAUUCUGUUAAAGAAUACUAUGACAAAAAUGUUGGUCAAAGACAUUUUCUUCCAUGACAAAGACAAGACAUUGACAAGCUAAAAACAGAUAUUUGACUGUAAAAAUUAUGACAAAGGUAUGUUCUCAUGACGAGACGACAUGAAAAUGUUCGUUGUGGGCUAUCUGAAAAUGAGAAGAGAGGAGAAACUUAUUAGUAAAAACUGUUUUAAAGUCAAAGGCCGAGAAUGGCUGUUGCUUGCAUUUAUUUUCUUGUGCUGUAGCAUUAUGAGAUCGGACCGCUGAAGGCCUUCUAUACUCCAGUAAAUAGUCAGUGCCAGGAUGUUUAACUAACCAGCAAAACAUUAGCGCGAGUUGUGAGCUGUAAUUCGGCAGUAAAUAAGCAGCCAAGUAUGUCUGACUGUGGAUGGUGGAACUGUUGAAUGGUUUUAUGGAGUUUGUUGGUGCAGCAGCGGCUGUUAGCCUGACAGGCAAGUAGAAGGCUUGUUAAAAGUUUUUAUCACUGACUCUUUUAGCGGCCAUGAGUCUAAACCUCCAGACAAACAUUUUGCAGGUUUAAGAAGAAUUCUGGCUGAAGUAAAGUUUUUUUUUCAGCCUUUUAACAGUACAUCAAUAAGUUGGCAGGUGGCAGAAGUGUUAGAAAUACAGUAGCUUUACCAUUCUUUGCCCAUAGGCGGCGAUACUCAUGAGUAAGAGUGAGUUUGUGAGUAUAUUACAAGCUGGUUUCAUGAGGUGCUUCACAUCAAACAGACUAUUUUAAAGAUGACGACACUACACCUAAACUCAUUUUGCUUGUGAUGGAAAGAAAGGAUGAGGGUAUGCCUACUCUGUAUGAGUGUGAUAUAAACUGUAGAUGAAACCCAUACAUUUGUAUGAUUCUGAGAUAAUGGCAAGUUUGCCAAGGUUGGGAUCAGUUCAUUAAAAACAGUAAUAAUAAUAAUAACAAUAAUAAAUAUUCACUUUAGAUUAACAUAAUUAAGCAGAACAUUGAGUCCAGCCCUCUUGUAUAUCAUCCUCUCUCAGGUGGCUUCCUUCUAGUCAUCCAGCAGUGAGAAGGGAGUGGAUACUCCCCUUCUAUCCUGCCCAAGUUUCUACCUAUGUCCAUGCAAGUGUCAAACUCUCACCAGCUCAACUCAGCCACAUCAGCAACAGAAAUGUAAAUGGUUUCUCAUAACAUGUAUGAAACACCCCGAACCAACAUAAUAGUGUUUUCUCUAAAACUUAUAUUGUUCUUGACUUUCUGAACAAAAUGCAUGGUUGGUACCUCAAAGAGAAUUAUUUUUUUAGCCUUGCCAUGUAUGUAUACUUAUCAUCACAACAAGAUGUUUUUGCAGCAGUAGCAGUCAUAUAGGGACAGAAGUGAAUGUGUUUUUAGCAAACCUGGGUCAAACAUUAACUGCAACAUCUUUUGGGGGUGAAUAAGUGGGGUUUGCCACAUCAGGAAAAUUCAGAUUUUAACAGCUGUCAGUUACAGAAAUUUUUAUUAAUACCUUCUCAUUAGACUAAAUAUGUAUGGCACCCACUGUAACAUGCUAUUUGGCAAACAUCACUUAAAUAGUACUUAAAGAGCAAUUUAACAUCAAGCUCACCUAUGGCAGGUAACUGCUGCUGCACCUCUCAACUCAUCAAUCUAAAGUGACAAGUGUGUUUUACUUGUGGCCCCAUUCCAAUUAGGGAUGCCAGAACAUGUUCCCAUCAGCUGUUAAAACACCUGCUGUGACAUCAUUUUGGUUAGAAUUUAAAUGUAUAGAAAGCUGUGCAGUCACGGCUUUCCGGCCCUGUGGUUUGAUGAUCAUUUGUCCUUUAUAUGCAGUAAGCUAAAGCAAACCACCAAAAUGUGUAUAUUUUUGAUUCAGGUUCUUUACUGAUACUGUUCUAUAUUGAUGCCGUUUCUUGUUAUCCUUAAAAAGCCUGUGUGUCCUGAGUGCAGAAAGAAGCAUAAUAUUCUCAAAAGCAUUCCAGUUUGAUAUCUUAAACAUACCUCUCUCAGUCCAGGUCAGCCAUGAUGAUGAACCUUAAGAGGAGAAGUGCUAAAACCUUAGACUGUGUUCCUGCUCUGAAAGGUUUCAUGAAGACCUUGGUUCAGUUAUCCAUUCACAACACCAUUUGCAGAUAUUGAAGCCUGAGCUGCAGUGUUUGCAAAACUGCUUGGACUACGACCAAGUGGAUGGAGGUCACUGAACCAGAGCCUUUACAGGAAUACUUCACCUGCAAAAUGACCAUCUGUAUAUCAUUUACCUUGAAUUCAUGAAGAACAAAUUCUUUCCCCAUGCUUUCAAAGAAGACGAAGAAUCCAAAAAAGGCGAACAUUCUUCGUAAAUCGAAGUAAGCAGGGACUUCAUUUAACAACAGAAACUAUAUCAAAACAUCUUUUUACAAACUCUCACAUAACUCCUGCAGUAUGAUCCAAGUCUCAGUUCUUCAGUCGUACACUCAGUGCUUUCCAAAACAUGCAUUUUUGCUAAAACAUUUAAAAAAUGUCAGUACAAAUGGUCCUGCUACUGGGUCAUGUGUGGCUUGCACAGAGCUCAUACCGCUAUUUGUAGGCAAAAGUGUUUUAUACAACACAUUCUUACUCCGACCUCAUCAAAUAUAGACAUUGUGGUCAUGGACUUUCCAUGUCCUCAUAGGACAUGCAAGGUACCCUGGGUGCGUUGGUUGUUAACUCUCUGGGACACCGUGUUAAGUUCUGCCUGUUACAUGCUUUGUCUUCGUUCAAGAUACACUUCCGUAUCACAGGAAAUUUACAUCGGUACAACACCAAAAAUUUACGUUUUUUUUGUCCUUCAACAAAAAACACAUGGUUGGGUUGAACAAAACCACAUGGUUAGGUUUAAGCAACAAAAACACGUGGUUGGGUUUAGGAAUAAAGAACAGGGUUUGGCAGUCUGGGUUUUUGGGUUUAGAAUCUUAUGGGACGUGAACACUGCUCUCUCGAUUUAGGGCUGGGCGGUAUGACCUAAAAUUCAUAUCACGGUAUAAAUCAAAUCCCUUCACGGUAACGGUAUAUAUCGCGGUAUAAAUUUAAGUGUAAAAGUAAUUAUAGAAGUGUUUCUGAAUGGGUUUUGUAGUCCCUUAGCAAAGCUAAAUUGAUAUAAAAAAAAAACAACAACAACAAAAGCAAAGAUAUAAUGUAUUUUUUAGAGCAUUUAUUGUGCAGAAUGCAGAUCUCAAAACUCAAAAUUAAAACCCAGUACUCUAUGGUGCAAAAUGUCCCCUGGGAUCUAUAUCAAAAGGUAAUUUCCUUCUUUUAGCAAAAUCCUAAAUGACUGAGUUGUGUUUUUUCCACCUGGACCUUUAUGCUCUGCCAUUUCUCCUCUAAUCAUCACGCUGUAACCUGUGACAGGCUGCUAUGAUACCACAACUAUCACACAUUCACAUAUGGAGUUUUUUGUGGAGCCCCUAGCGUCACAUAGGUUUACAUUACCAAAGGUUUAUGACAGACUCUCUUGCCGAAAACCAACUCCUGCGUGCGCACGGCGAGAGAGGAGAGGGAGAGACGCUGUGCUGCUGCCAGAGGAGACACUGAAUGAGUUCCCUCUGAGCGGUAAGUCGCUAAAAGAGUCUGAGAAGUCCGGGGCUGUUCAUAAAACAUUAACUCACUCACUCACAAGUCCUCCAGCAACACAUGCUGCACGUGCUACGCUAAAUCAUGGACGUGAACCAGCUCCUCUUGCUCCGCUGUCUCUGUGCUCGCAGCCAUUUUCACACUGAGGCAGGUGCGAUGACAUCAUCAACGAUAGGACGGUAGAGCGCAAAUCUCUACCAUGGGCCCAAUUUAUAUCAUUUCUACCGUCUACCGCAUAUACCGUGCAGCCCUAUCUCGAUUGAAAGUCAGUGUUUGUUGGACCCAUCGACCACCCCUCUCGCCCCACUUGGACUUUCACAGCCUUAACUACAAGGGUAACCAGCCAAUGAAAGGAUACCUUUUUUUGUUGGUUUCUGACGCCACAAGUCACUGCCCAAGUGCCGGAUUUCGACACCUUCGGAGUGUGACCAGGCUCUUUUAUAUUGUAAUGUUUUAGUGAAAAUGCAGGUGUUUGGAAAGUACUGAGCAUACGACUGGAUAAAUGAGACUUGGAUUAUACUGCACGAGUUGUGUUAAUGUUUGCAAAUAGAUGUUUUUAUAUAGUUUUGCUGGUAGUAAAUGUGGACCCCAAUAAGGAAUUAAGGAAGAACGUUAGCCUUUUUUGGAUUUUCCCAUGGAGGCAUGCUAGAAUAACAAAGAUGUCUUAAAUUCAAUAUGACAGUGCGGUGAGUAAUUGAUAUACAAAUGGUCAUUUUGCAGGUGACAUAUUCCUUUAAAAUAGUCUUUUAAGUAAGUUGUCCGUCACUGUGACAAAAAUGAAAUUCACCUUUCAAACAUUUUCUUGUUUGGAAUACACAAAUGUGUUUUUUUGUUUGGUUAUGUUUAAAAUUUUUUGUAGAUAUAUUUCUUAGUGGAUGCAAAGCAACCAUUACCUUACAUUUAGCAGCGGUUCAUCCCUCCAUGAUAGAGAGUAUUCAAAGACACACUGUGACAAAGUCUCUAUUGUCACUGCGGACAGUCCACAGCCAUUUGGUAAUAAAGCAGACUAACAUAAAGUACAGAUUAUUUGCUGUGAUGCUUUUCUGCCCAGUAAUUCUCUACACCACUACAACAAUUUGUCCUAAAUGACAUUUAACAGACUGACUGGAACUGAUUUGUGCCAGUGACUUGCAGUAUUUGGAUGUAAUUCAGUUAAAAAGAAGUUGGAUUUUAUGGUAACUGCCAAAAUCUUAUGUAGAAUCUCUCACUGAAAUUGUCCAGUGUACAGUAGAUGGUUCAUUUUAGUAACACACAGUAUUUAAAACUAGGGGUUUCAUAAAUAUUUCAGUCAUAUCCAGCUGUUUUGCCUUUGUUUCAAGUCUUGAUGCAGUAGUGGAUUAUUAUGGUGUGUGGAGCCGACACAGAGGGUCUGAAAUGGGGAUAAGCAUAAAACCUGCCUCCAGCAUAAAGGAUGUAUGCUCUCCUUAUGGACCUCUAUUAACUCUUUUAACCACUAUCUUUUAAAACAUGUUAUUUUUAUCCUAUUGUUCGUCUCUUUGUUGGCUAGAACAAUCAGAUUGUUUUUUGGAGGAUACCUACUCAUACCCUCAUUUUGUUGAGAUGAUAAUUUCUUUGAUAAUUUUGUUCAUUUCAUUCUCUUUUAUAAGGGUUUUAUUAAACAGUAUACCUCAUGUUGGUAACUUGUUGAUUUGAUUCUGAUCAGUUUCUUGAUACUGCACAUUUUGUAACGAGUAGAACAUAUAUACCGUACGUUAAGCAUCUGGUUGUUUUGUGAGUCAAGAGAGGACAGAAUCGACUGUUUCGUUUUACCUCAGUCAAAGUUUUUACUCAGUGGCCUGGAUGGUCCAGUCUAGUGGUGAAGGGGUGAACAAAUGAGGGGAGGAGGGGUCAGUGGAAGUAAUCUGGAUUGACUUUUGGUAUUCUGCAAUAGUAGUUGCUUUUUAAAGAGUUUAAGGCAUGGGUUCACUCAAACGGUACUCAUGCUUCAAACAAAAAUCACGGGAGAAAAAAAUAAAAAGUGUCUGCUUCUGCUGAGUAACAGCCUAGCAGACACUUUUUGGUAGAACUCCACUUUAACACAACCCAGGCGACUGAAGUACUAAGCAGGAAGAAGGGCUAAAGGGAUAUCCUCCCCAGGCAGGUCAUACCUCUCAGUGCAGACAGCCAUUUCGAAAUAAUUGUCUCUUCUCAGGUGCCCCAUUUUUGCAUAAAAUUGUAGAGGAUCAUGCCAGCAUAUUCAACUCAGAUACAUGUCAUUUGUUGUCAAACAACGCCUCAUUUUGUUCUUUUGGAUAGCAAAUCAAGGAAAAUCUUAUGCAUAAAUGAUAUUUUGUUUCGUACAAAUCACGCAGUGUAUUUCUGUCUUUCUGGCUUUUCUCUGUACAUUCUGGUGCUUCGGUGGUGAGCUGCUUUGUCCAGUGAUGUCACACUGUGCAUUUUUUGUACGUCUUCUCUAGUUUUGUGUGUACCAGCUCAGUCGUGCUUCUCAGAAUGUGUAAGCACAGACUCUGUGGUCAUGUGCCACCAGCGACGUUCUGCAGCUACUCAGACACCUUUGUAAUCAUUGUGUGCUGAAAAAGACCUCAUCCAUGUCAAAGGACGCUACUGUAGGAGCAAAUAGUAGAAGCACUUAAUAGAUUAGCACUUCUUCUUGGGCCAUGAGCAACUUUGGACUGUCAUCUUUACAUUUUUAGAAGUGCAAUUUUCUUAGUCUGUAAAAUGACAGAUGGAUUACUCAGUGUUAGUCAUGGCGACUGUAGUCAUGAUUUGUGAUAGAAACAUUGCUUGUUCAGAGGUACCAUCACAGGAUAGGUAGUACUUGUGGUUUGUAGAAAUAUUUCCACUGUGUUACCAUAUGUGAAAAUGUCAAAUCUCACAGCAACUCUCAAGAUGUCUGUGGAAACUACUCUUCUGUAAAUAAACAUCAAAG